GAAUAGUUCAAAGUCCUAAAAAGUCCAAAAUAUAACCAAAACAUCCGUUUCCUUUUCUAACAACCAUGGAUAACUAUAACUACAACUCUUAUGCCGAGUCGGGCGAGUCCUCACCACGGUCGCGUGAUGUUGAUUUUGACCACACGCAACCAUGGGAGGACCAGUCUGCGACAAAUAAUAACUACAGGGUGAAAUUUAUGUGUAGCUACGGUGGUAAAAUCCUUCCUAGGCCACAUGACAACCAAUUGUCUUAUGUUGGUGGCGAGACUAAAAUCCUAGCCGUUGAUCGGCUAGUCAAAUAUAACGUUGUUAUCUCAAAGUUAACAACGUUAUGUGACAAUGAUGUAUUUUUUAAGUACCAGUUGCCAGGUGAAGAUCUUGACGCGUUGAUAUCGGUAACAAACGAUGACGAUCUAGAGCAUAUGAUGCACGAGUUUGAUCGGUUGAGUCGGGCUUCAGCUACUCCAGCUAGAUUAAGGCUGUUUUUGUUUCCUGUUAGCGGUCAAAGCCCGGCUUUGACUCCUGUUCAUAGCUUUGGCUCGACCGAAGGCAAAACCGACCGGGACAGGGACCGGGACCGGUUUAUGGAUGCGUUGAACACGGGUCAUGGUCAACCUACAAUGCCUAUAACUGCUCAACAACAAACACAUGGAAAUAAUGAACACAUGUUCCAUCCUCACAAUGAAAUGAUGCACCAGCCCCAAAUUAAUCAUCAAGUUAUGAAUCCGCAGGAUCAAAAGAUCGCGGUUAUUAAUGAUUGUGCUUCUGAAGCCAACCAGCUUCAGAAGCACAUCGAGGAUUUGCAAAGAUUGCAAAUCGCAGAAGAUCAACAACAACCACAACCAUUGCCACCGGGUCUUUAUAGAAAACCAAGUGAUGAUAAUCUCGCCGCGUGUUACACAGAAAACAACUAUGCACAAAAAAUGAUGGAAAAAGUUACUAAUGGAUACCAAGUUUCACAAGAGCAGCAACAACAACAACAACAACCGAUGUACAUGAUACAAAAUCCUGCAAGUAUGUAUCACCAGGUGCCCGUGGCUAGACCUAGCCACGGGCAAGGAUACUAUGUCCAAAGAAUGCCACACGAUCUUUAUCGUGAUCAACAAAAUUUUAAUAUGCCACCGCUUGUGGCAGCACCACAAGCGGUGGCCACACAGCAAACAACUGUGUCAUCACAACAACAGUUUUUACCACCAAAAGUGGCGACGUAUACCGAAGGAUAUCAAAUGGUCCAGUCAACUACAGCUGUUACGGAUCAAGCGUAUGGUCAAGUUGCGUACGAUAAUAUGACUGGCAGGCAGGUUUAUUAUACUACGCAAGGCGCGGUUUUAGCACAACCCCAACAACAACUAUUGCAAACACAACAACAAUUGCAACCAAGUGUACAACAAUAUCAAACAAUGGCUGUUGCUUCAGGUGCAACUGUGACAAUAAGUACUCAAGAUAAUGGUGCUAAAGUUGUUACUGCGAAUAAUAUGAAAGAAUUCAUAUGAUGAAGUUAAUUAAGUGACUGUAUUUUGUACCUAAUUAAGAAUUUGUGUCAUUUUAGUCGCAUUUGAUUUUAGUAAGGUUGACUAGCUAGCUUGUUCUUCUUCUAAAAUAAAAAUUAAUAAUAUA